AUGGCCGAAAUCAACUUCGGCUUCCUCCUGAUCCCGCUGCAGCUCCUUGACAUGGCGGGUCCCAUGGACAUAGUGGGAAAUAUCUCUCACGAAGUUAUCUCGCUGUACGGGCCGGCAGAGUUGGCCAAGACAGCACCAAAGAUCAAUUUCUUUCAUAUCGGACCCAGCAUGGAGCCGGUGCAGUUGACUGGGGGCUUUAAAGCGCAGCCAACGACGACGCUUGCAGACUGCCCAGAACUCGACUAUCUCCUGGUUGGCGGCCCAUCUCUAGAAUACGCAGAGAAUCUGCCGAAGGAUAUGAGAAAUUUCAUCGCCGAGCAGUCCAAAACGGUCAAGAGCCUCUUCACCACCUGUACCGGCGGGCUGGUGGUUGCCGCAACGGGCGUGCUGGACGGAGUCUCGGCAACAGCCAAUCACACAGUACUUGACCAUGGGCGUGAAGUCGCGCCGAGGGUGAAAUGGAACGGCCAAAAGAACUGGGUCGUUGAUGGCAAGUUCUGGACCGCCGCGGGUGCUGUCGCAGGCAUGGAUAUGAUGGCGAGUUGGGUCCAACAGACGUAUGGUACCGACCUCCUCCAUUUUUCCACGAUGUUAUUGGAAUAUCAGCCAAGGGAUGAGGACGGGAACCCGGUCACAUUCAUGAAUGGCAGGGGAGAGGUGGUAAGGGUUUCAAGAUGA